GUGCUUUUUAUACGGAUAUUAUUUUUUUCCAGUAAUUUUGAUCGUAAUUUUUAAAAUCAAUUUACGAUCUUAAAUUGUAUACAGUUAUGGUGAAAUUCAAAAGAAUACAAGCUGGCAACUAUAAAAUAUGACAGCAGCAGUCGAGUGUUAUUAAAAAUAGGCGAAGAAGAGAAAAAAACACAAAAUACACAAAACAAAAAAUUUUCCAAUGCGUGAAAAAAUAUUGUUUAUUUAAGAAAGCGUGUGAAAUAUUGAAAAAUUUUACAACAAAAAAUUAAGAAGAAAAUAAUAUUAAUAUUUAACUGUUAUUAAAUACAUAGUUUAACGCCAGCUAAAGCAAUAUUUAUAUUAACAGAGCGCAAAGCUCAAAUUACACACACACAUAAGCAAUGGCCGCGAAUGAUUCCGGCGUAGAGACGAGCAAUGAUAGCAACGAUGGAGUCAGUAAUGUUAGUGUUAAUAUUGGAGUCGGAUUAUCAGUAGGUAUUGGAAGUGGCAUGACAAAAAUCAUAGAUAUUACACCACCACCGGCCAUAAUGCCGCCCACUCCAACGUCCUCACCCAACACGCAUGAGUGGCCAAAUUUCAGUCCGAAUGCAUUCCAACUGAAUCGCGGCGAACAUUUUGCGCUACCACAUUUGCCGCCAUUACCCCUCAAUUCUGAUUAUUUACUCCAUCCGAGUAACCUGCCGUCAGGAAGUCAUCUGUCUCAAUUUAAGAUGCGCCUCCGCACGCGUAGCAAGCAACGCUUACGUUCAAACUAUAACAAUAUUUUGGCUGAGUCAAAUGGUCGCAAAUUGCGCACCGCCGCUACCACCUGCAAUAUCGAAUUGUUAACACGCGUAUUAGAAUCUGGAGCGGAUCCUAAUGCGGCUGAUGAAUAUAAACGUAGUCCACUGCAUUUGGCCGCUUGUCGAGGUUACAUACAAAUCGUCCAACAGUUGCUUAAUUUCGGCGCCAAUCCUAAUGUUGUGGAUUCUCUUGGCAAUACUCCACUUCAUCUUGCCGUAAUUUCAGCCAGUUCUAAUAACUUUAAUGUUGUGGUACGCGUACUUCUACAAGGUGGAGCAAGUGUCCAUAUGUAUGAUCGCAGUGGUAAGACUCCUCUUGAACUGGCCGAGGCCAAAUUACGCCUAUUACGCACACGCUACGACCGUCCCACUCCCGAGUCAGCGAAAAUUUUAGAAGAUAUGUGUAUGCUGACAACGCUUAUUUUACGCUAUAUGGUAAAACAACAACGUGAGCUAGAAGAUCUAUCUGCACUUGAACAACGUCUGCAGAACUUGAGUACCAGUGACGACCAGGAUCAGGUUGUUUCUCAGACAGCGGAUGAAUUACUGGCAAGUGUCGAACGUCUAUCAAUCAAUAAAUAAAUACAAUUCAACAAGUGAUGAUGGCUCAAUAAAAAACAGCAAAAUCCCAUUAAUUAAGUUUGUAAUGCAUUUAAUAAUCAAAAAAUGCGACAAGCAAAUGAGUACAAUAAGUUAUUUAUCAAGAAACUUGAGCAAUUCGAUAUGAAAACGUUUUGGAUUGUCUGUUCUGUGUGAUUUAAUUAAUAAUACUUUACAGGGGUCAUUACGACUAGGAGCUUUAAAGACCCUUUAAUAGGUUUUUUUCACGUGAUUUUUUUGCAUACAUAUAUAUUUGAUACAUUUCAUAUGUGCAUAUAUGUGUGUUUACGACCUAUUAGUAUUGGAUUUCACUAUGUUUAAAGUCGACGCAACGCAGUCCAAUUUUCAACUGUCCAAUCCUGAUUUUGAACAUCCCUGGGUAUAUUUGCGUAGACUUUAAUUUUUAUGAUAUAUGUUAUAUUUUUUUAAUUUCGGAUUAACUAACCAGUUUAUUAUGUCCAAUAAGUCAAUAUAUUUUAAAUAACUUACGAAUAAAAACUUUAGUUUUAAUCGUUGGAAAAACCGAUACAAAAUAAUAAUAAUAACGAGGAAAGCAAAAAAUAUAACAAUAUAAAACAAAUCACGUUAUAAAGGUAUUCGAAAUUUUUAAGUUUAAAUUUAAGCUAAAUUUAUGGUAUAUAUACAUAAACCUAAAUAUGUAUAUUCAUACAAAUAAUAAUGUAAAUGUAAAAUACGAGUAUAGGAGUUAUAAUUACAAAAUAUCCAUCAUAUAUAUAUAUAUAUAUAUAUAUAUAUAGAAAUCAAUCAGAACAGAAUUCAACAAAUACAUAAUAUGCAUUCAAUAUACAUAUAUGUACAUAUGUAUGUUUAUAUAUGCGAAAUGUGAACUAAAAACCUACGUAUAGUAGAGAAACUACCACACCGAAAUGAUAAAUAACUUUGCUGAUAAAAUAACUAAACUGUAUGUAAUUUCAAUUUAAUGAGUGUGAAAAUAAAGGCAUUUGCCAUUCAAACAUAAAAAUUAAAAUUCGCCUUUUUCUUAAUAUUUUUGUUUGUUAAGAUUUAGCACUCUAAUAAUGAAAGAAUUAAAAUUGUACAUUAAUUUUAGAGACAUAUAUAUUAAAUUAUUUCUAAAUAAAUAAAUAAGUGAAGAUGUUUUAUUAGCUAGUUAGAAGUUCGAGUAUUAAACAAGGGUACAUGAAGACUUUCAAAAAUAAUGAGAAUUAAAAGAACUUGGUAGCUCUAUGUAACAUAUGUUUUGUUUUUUAAAUGUUUAUGUUUUAAUAUAAACAAAUGUCAAAUGUGUUUAUGUCAAGUAUAUUCAUUACAUUAUCAGAGUCGUAAACAAAAACAAAACGUAUGAUUAUUUUGCUUUAGCCUUAAAACUUUAUUUUACUGUUAAAAAUACGCUCUCAUUUACUAAGAAAGACCAUUACUAAAUACACAAGUAGAUAACAUAUCGGAUAAGCGAAAGAAAUAUAUAUAAGCAAAAAUAAUUUCCAUACAAAUAUAUAUUUUUAUUGUAAAGAAAUAUUGUGGUGCAUACUUGUGCACCCAAUAGUUUGGGCACACGUAUUUCGAAAGUUCACGCAACAAAAAAAUAUCGAAAAUCUAUUCGCAAUAUAACUUUUAAAUCCCGCAAACAAUAUAGUCAAUGAAUAUAGUUACAGUGAUUGUGUAUGCGUAGUACAACUUAUGCAUAUGAUACAUACAUAUAGUUUAUAUUAUCACAAUAUUAAAUAAUUCUGUAGUCGUACUCAAUGGGCGGUAUCAUAAAAGAGUACAUACAUAUGUACAUAUCUACCCAAAUACUAUACAUCGGGGUAUUUUAAUGCUUUCAUUGUAGAAAAUCUAUAUGAAACAAUUUAGCCCAGAAAUCUUUGAUGACAAACAUUUUUCAUUCAAUUUUUAAUUUAUCAAAAUUUCUAAAAAAAAAGAAUGUCAUAUUCCCCUUUCCAAUCAACAGAAACUGGCAAUUGGACGGACUUACCUCUGCAUACUGUACUUUAUGAAUGGUUAACAAAAAACAUGAAUUUGCCUAACGACUACGGUACGAUCAUUGCCUACAUUGGAUUAUUCCUUAUAACAUGGUAUACAAUAAUAUGGGCAGUUCGCUUAGUAAUGGCGGUCAUUUGGCCAUUAUUUAUUAUAGCUUCUGCAAUUGUUGUAUUUCGAAUAUUACAGUUCUAUGAUCCCGAAGAAAUCACUACAAUUAUGAUGAAAUCGUUCAGUAUUAUUGCAGAUACAUUGGUAAUGGUUUUAGCUAAACUUCUUGAAUUUGCAUUUGAUAUUUUCGAUUAAAUGGAAUCAUACUUGAAAGCAUUAGACACAAAAUGAAGCGAAAAAUCCUACAAUAUAGCAAGAUCAAAGUUGCUGUGAAAGAAAAUUAUUAAAAAUAAUGAAUAAUAAAAAAGUCAGAGAAACUAUAAAAAUUGUAUAUCAAACGAAAAAUUGGAAAUAUUGAAAAAACAUAAUUUUUUGGUUUUAAAAAAAGCAAAAUGGCCGUAGCUGUACGCUUAGUUGAGGUUCUGACCUUAAUUACACUGCUAGGAAUGCUGACAGGAAUAUCUAUUGUGAUCGUGAUUCUGCAACGCGUAAUCGUGAUUACUUUAUAUCUGCUCGGUCCCAUAACAGCAACAGUGGGCGGUAUACUAUAUGCUUCAGAAAAAAUACUUGUCGGAGCAUUAAUGAGUAUACUGAACUUAACUACAGCACUUAGUACCUCAACUUAAACCUACAACGUAUUUCAAAUUCUUGAUUGUACUAAAGGGGACUACUAUUACUCAUGUACUUUAAAGAUAAAAAAAUCGUAAAAUUUAUGUAAUGUCAUGGA